UUACAUUCAACGUGUUCAACCACAACCACUCCAUUUAGAUACAAAGAAGAAAAAAACUCAGACAAUGAUAAAAUAGAGACAGGAGAAGAAGCUUUCAGAAAUUCAUCAAUGGCAAUAACAACAUCAGCAACUCAGACAGCUAAUUUACUAAAUUUCAAAUCUACUCUCUCCCAUUCUACUCCCCGAUUCUCUACAUUCUCAAAUCCAUGCAGAAAACCCCUCAGAAUCGUUGCCAUGGCAUCCAAUAAGAAGGUAAACAAAUAUGAUUCAACAUGGAAAAAACAAUGGUUUGGAGCAGGAUUAUUUGCAGAAGGAAGUGAAGUACUAGAAGUUGAUGUAUUUAAGAAGAUAGAAAAGAAGAAAUUAUUAAGUAAUGUUGAGAAAUCUGGUUUAUUAUCUAAAGCUGAAGAAUUAGGGAUUACAUUAUCAUCAGUUGAGAAACUUGGUUUAUUAUCAAAAGCUGAAGAAUUUGGAUUACUAAGUUUACUAGAGAAUGUUAUUAGUCUUUCACCUGCGCUACUAGCAUCACUUUCACUUCCAUUAUUUGUUGCUGCGAUUUCAGUGAUUGUGUUAGUUCCUGAUGAUUCUACGGCUCUUGUUGUUGCUCAAGAUUUGAUUGCUGGUUUGUUUGUAGUUGGUUCCGUUGGGUUGUUGGGUGGUUCCGUUGUUUUGGAUGGAUUGCAAGAAGCUGAUUAAUUAAUGUAAUAUAGGUGAUAUUUCUACUUAAUUAAUUUCUUUUACUGUUUUUUGUAUAAGAACAUACAUAUAUGGAUUUUGUCUAUCUUUUGCGCGUGGUUGUGAAAGGUUUUGGAAUCAAAAUCUUGCAUGAGUGCGUCGCGCUGGUGGUGCCUUUGUUCUGUGUAACUAAACAUAUAUACAUUGUUGGUUGUUGCUAGCUA